UUUUUUUUUUCCUCUCCCUAAUUCCAGUCCAAUCUCACAACAGCAGCAACCAUACCCCUUUUCCUCAUAAUUUUUUGCAUUUUCACAUUCAAUCCUACGAAAAUUAAGGAUCCCUCCUACUGGGUUGAGCCUUUGAGUAGUGAGAAAUUUCCUCAACAACCAGUAGAAAAUUGUCUCGGUACAAUCAGUCGAAGAAUAGGAACAGCAGCUAUCUCUGGCGACCACCUGCAACCUCCCGUGAGCGCCGGCGAGGGCUUUAAUUGACUUCCAGCAGACACGAACAUCAUCUACUUUCCACCAUUUUGCUCUUUAAUUUCAAAGUUGAAUCAAAAGUACAGAAAUGUCUAAGAAAAUGCAUACCGCUAAACGAGGAUCAUCAACAAGUGAUAUGGAUUUGAUGGACCAAAAAAUGGACAUAAAGUCAAUACUGAAAGACAUCGAGUUUUUGGGCUCCUCGCAUAUGACAUGGAAAGAGAGGAAGGAGUUGGAAAACAGGAAGGUAGUUUCUCUUGGUGGAAAGCCUUCAAAGAAGCAGAGAUUACCACUAAGUGUAGCACGGGUGAUGAUGAAGAAACAAAAGGAAAGAGAGCAGAAAAAUCUACAUGAGAGUUCAAUUCUUGGACAUUUUGGAGGAAAUUUUGGCGGUGGCAAUAAAAAGGUCGCUGACAAGCGCAAGGCUGAGGACAGAGUGCUGAAGUCUACUGAAGGUCGUUUCAGAAACGGUGUGCUGGACGUGAAACAUUUAUUGAAACCUGUUGCCUCUAGUGACACUGUUAAGGACACACCUACAGUCGAUAAAUGGAACAAGAGAAAGGGUGGUAAAAAGAACCAAGGCAAGAAGAAAGGUGGUGGGAAGAAACGCCACUGAACAUUAAAAACCUGGGAAAUAUCUAGGUCAGGAAGCUCUUUUUUAUUUUUCAUUUUAUUCUGAGCUUCCUCCAAUACUUGAACGAGUGCUCAAGAAUGCCGAAGACUCUCAAAUAGUCUCCAUGUAAUAGAUAUAGAACUGCUGAGCUCUAUCCGGAAAGUUGGUGUACUUGUGCUCUUUCCUUAAUUGUUGUGAUGCACCAGACACAGCAUUGUCUUGCUGAACUCCUAUGUUCUUCCUGGGAUACCUAUGAAGAACAGAUGCAUUUUCAGGGAGUUGUAUCCAGACCAUAUUUGCUUCAUAUAUCAAAUACCCUGAAAUUUAUCAGCACUA